CUUCUCUCAUAAUUUAAAAUUCAUAAAUUUGUGUUUUUGAGCAUUUCGUUGAUCAUUCACACAUUAUUACAACAUUCAAGAUGAAUGCACUAGGUUGGAUGCAUAGAAAAUUCAACAACAACAACAAUCAACAAGUCAAAAAUGUUUCCACAAGGAAAUCCUAUUCUUGUUUCUCAACUCUAUGGGGACUUGAAGAACAACAAUAUUAUCAUGAACCAAAUAGUGAAGGAAACGAACAAGAAACGGUUGACAUGAGCCCUGAAUUCUUUCACAGCUUUCUUGCAAUUGGAACUCUUGGUUCAAUAUUAGUAUCAAUUACUGAAGAGCCCAUGACACCAAAAGUUGAAAUGUCGUUUGAAAGUGAAACUGAGGAAGAACUUUUUGUUAUGAAGUUGGAAAAGAUAGAUGAAAAAGAAAUCAAAGGCAUGGAUACCAAAGAAAAUAAAAGUAUAAUCAAAGAGUAUUCUGAAAUGCCAGCAAGGAUACAAAAGACAAUAACUGCCACCCUUUUCAAGAAAAAUGCCACGUCAUACAAGAGACCCCGAAAAUUAGAGAGAAAGGAGAAAACAAAAAUCCAUGCCUUGAAUUUUAUGAAGAAAAUGGUGAAAAAGGUUAUUAAUUUCACUAGUGUGAAUGCUAGUUUUUGUGAUUCAACUGAGAAAAAGGUGUUUCGAAAGUCAAGAAAAGUCCACCCUCAAGAAGCUAAUCCUCUUGAUGUUAAGAACAUGUAUUAUGAUGAACAAAUGAUAUUAGAGGAUGAAGGCAACAUACAUCCUCUUGAUGGAAUGUUAAAGAAAGAAAUAGUUACUGGAGAAAAAGCACACUGGAUUAAAACUGAUGAAGAAUAUUUUGUGUUGGAGUUUUAGAAGAAGGAGAAGAUUGGAAAAUAUAAUUAUUUGUCAAGUUUUCUAUUCCUUGAAAAUGGAGUUUGGUUGUGUGGAUUAGAAAGAUAGUUAUAGACUUAUAGUCACAAAUUAAGAAUAAAGAAUAAUAUAUGUAUGUAUGAUGUGUUUUCCAUAAUUAUUAAAUAUUGAACCUA